AUGGCUGAAGACAGUGUGCUGGUGGUGGGUCUUCGCAAGAAAAAGCAGCAUGUAGAGGACACCCACGAGUAUAUCUUGAAGCGAACUGACGCUGCGAAAAUCGCUGAGUACAUCAACGACAACUGCAACACAACUCCUCCAGUUACAAUCACUCGGGUUGCGAUAGUGAAAGGGAAGCUCAGAACCAUUCUAUUCAACUACAUCAAGGCUGUAUGUGAUCCUGAUGCAACUUGGGACGAGAAGCUCAAGAAAGCGAAGCUCCCUUGCAAAAAGUCUUCUAAUAUUGACUGCCUGUAUUUUACAUAUAAAGGGAGAUUGCAAUUGGUUGGUUCGUCUAUUGCCUUAUUUUUCUGA